AUGGAAGAUUCGCAACAAGGCAAACAAGAGCCGUCUGCUGGCAGGGCAUCUGAGCGGCGACCGGUCAAUUUCAAACUGGAGAAUUUGCCCAAGCGCACUUUUGAGAACGAAGAAGAGUGGGGGGCUGUCCUGCAAGAGAGCCGCCAACGGCACAACUCCAUUCUGGUGACGGAGAAUUCACAGGCUGAACAAAGAGCAAAGGCCUCAGUGAACGCCGAUAUUCAUCCACAUUUCAUUGUGAAUGCGCCCCUACACCGCCAGCCGAAUGUCUGGGCGGAUAGAGCCCAUCUGGAGGACGGAGGCGGCCAGGGAAGCGGCAGCCAGAACCUUGGGGUGGACAAGAUAAGCAACGCUUCCACGACUUCGGUGGCUUCGUUGGCCCACAGAAGACCUCCUCCACGUGUGCCGUCAGGCGUCAACGCGCUGGGCUCCAGAACAGGCUCGAAUGUCGACUUGCCACUGAGCCCCUCCACGUCGAGUGCAGCAGACCCCCAUGAUCCGCUCCAGCAGAGCCCCGGCGGUGGCGCCGCUAAUCGCAGGGCCAUCAGCCCGUCUCACGGAACUACUGCCACUACCAUCACGUCGUCCAGCGACCCUCGUAUCCCUCAGGACGACGGUAAGAUCCACAUUUUGCUUGGUGCCACCGGAUCUUUGCAUAUCUACCAUUUGCGUAACAUCAUCCACAAACUGCAGAGCAUUUAUGGCGACAGACUAGCGGUGCAAGUAAUUCUGACCAAAGCCGCAUCCAAAAUGCUGCUCAAGCAUGACAUUCCCUCGAAUGUUCACAUUUGGCACGACAAGGACGAGUGGGACACUUGGAAGUCCCGCUCUGAUCCGGUCGUGCACAUUGAGCUGCGUCGCUGGGCCGACAUUCUCGUCGUUGUUCCCCUCAGUGCUAAUACUCUUGGUAAAGUCGCCAUGGGACUGUGCGAUAACCUGCUCACCAAUGUUAUUCGGGCCUGGAACGCACAGUAUCCUAUUCUAGUUGCUCCCGCCAUGGUUUCACAUGCCUACAACCAUCCGGCAACCAGAUGGCAUCUAAAGACAAUCAAAGACGAAAUGAAAUGGAUCGAGGUCUUGAGACCCACCGAAAAAGUGGUAGGAUCGCUAGGCGACAUUGGCCUGGGCGGCAUGAUGCCCUGGAACGAGAUUGUAGACAAGAUCGUGCACAAGCUCGGCGGAUAUCCUGAAGAAGACGACGAAGAUGAUGAAGAUAAGGGUGGUCAGGUCGAUGACCAGGAUGAGGACGAUGACGAUGACGACGAGGGAGGGGCAGAUAAAGAUCAUAAUGACCUCGACGAUGACGGCAAUCGCAAUGUGAAAGGCCAGACACCCUAUGACCCGUAA